CUCCACACGGGUGCGGUGCAUCGUACGGCGAUUGGUGGAAAGAAAAUCCCCGUUAAAUAAAACAUUACGAUCAUCUGGAUGCCGCCAGUUAAUUAAAACAAGCCGUCGCCUCAGCUCGCACGUCAGUUCAUCGCUUAAUUCGCCUUACCUUGUGCAUUGUAUAUAAAAAGUUAUAAAAUGGUGAUCCAAAAAAUUUGCUGUCUCGGUGCUGGAUACGUUGGCGGGCCGACUUGCAGUGUGAUUGCUCUAAAAUGCCCCCAUAUUAGAGUAACAGUGUGUGAUAAAAGCGCUGAACGCAUAAAUCAAUGGAAUUCCGACAAAUUGCCAAUAUACGAACCAGGAUUAGACGAUGUGGUGCGUCAAUGCAGAGGCAAGAAUCUGUUUUUCUCUACAGACAUAGCUAAAGGGAUCAGAGAAGCAGAUUUGAUCUUUAUAUCUGUGAAUACGCCGACUAAAACCUUUGGUAAUGGUAAAGGUAGGGCUGCAGAUUUAAAAUACAUAGAAGGUGCUGCUAGAAUGAUCGCUGACUUAGCGACAAGCAACAAAAUCGUAGUCGAAAAAAGUACAGUGCCAGUGAAAGCUGCUGAAAUCAUCAUGAAAAUACUUAGAGCUAACACUAAACCUGGUGUUGAGUAUCAGAUACUGUCUAAUCCAGAGUUUUUAGCAGAAGGUACUGCAAUAGUUGAUUUGGUUGAAGCAGAAAGGGUUCUGAUUGGUGGCGAAGAUACUUUAGAGGGUCAGAAAGCUAUUCAAGAACUGUGCUGGGUGUAUGAGCAUUGGAUACCUGCCAAAAAUAUAAUAACAACUAACACUUGGAGUUCAGAACUAUCAAAACUUGCAGCUAAUGCAUUUUUAGCUCAGAGAAUAUCGAGUAUUAACUCCUUGUCAGCUGUGUGUGAGGCAACUGGAGCUGAUGUGUCCGAGGUGGCUCGCGCUAUCGGACGUGACUCUCGUAUUGGACCAAAAUUCCUAGAAGCAUCAAUAGGUUUUGGAGGCAGUUGCUUCCAAAAAGACAUACUGAAUCUAAUAUAUUUAUGCGAAUGUCUAAACCUACCAGAAGUGGCAGCAUAUUGGCAGCAAGUAGUUGAUUUGAAUGAUUAUCAGAAAACCCGUUUCACUAGGAAAGUCAUAGAAUCACUCUUCAAUACUGUGACUGAUAAAAAUAUUGCAAUACUAGGUUUCUCGUUUAAGAAGAACACUGGAGACACUAGGGAGUCUCCUGCUAUUUAUGUAUCAUCAACUUUACUUGAUGAGGGAGCAAAACUUCAUAUUUAUGAUCCAAAAGUGGAGGAAGAACAGAUAAUGUAUGAUUUAACACAUCCAUUAGUAACAUCUGAACCAGAAGUUGUCAGGAAAAAUGUUAGCAUUCACAGUUCAGCGUAUUCUGCUGUCACUGGAGCACAUGCAAUAGUGUUGUGCACAGAAUGGGAUGAGUUCAAAGAGCUUGACUUUAAAAAGAUAUAUGAAGUCAUGAUGAAACCAGCAUACAUAUUUGAUGGACGGAAGCUGCUUGAUCAUGAAACCUUACUGAACAUUGGCUUCCAUGUGCAGACUAUUGGAAAGAAGUUGUGUAGAACAAGCAGCAUAAGAGCACAAGGGAGCCAAACUUUGCCAUAGGAUAGUUAGUAAGAGUACCUAACUCAGUGGAGUCGCUGUAGUCACAAACACAAAAUAUUAUACAGGGUUCUUUCCAAAACACCAGCAGUCUCGCAGGACUAGAGAGCCAAUAUAAUAAAGAACAUUACUUUAUCUAAGAGUUUAACUAUAAAUUAAUACUUUAAACAAAAAAACGUUUUAUAAGUUUUUGUUGGAAUAUCGUGA